AGUUUGUGUAAGGGCUAUGUAGAUGUAAAAUUUGAAUACGAAUGUAAAACUGCAAUAGAAAUGUAAAAAUGCCAUACAAAUGUUAAUUUGUCCAGUACUCCCACCUUGGGGAUGAUGGAAAGGAAUUAGGUUUGGGAGCAAGUUGAUCUGGGAUUUAAUUCCUAUCUAACGUGCCUAUCUGCGCACCCUUAGUUAUGUAAGGCAUCAGCUUCUGCAUCUGAAAAACAAAUAAACUGUCACCAGAUUGCUGUGCAGAUUAAAGGAAAGAAAAUAAGGAAUGUGUCAAACAAUACCUAAUAGAAGAGAGAGGCUCAACAACUGUCAGAUUCUCUGUACAAACAACUUUAUCCCCACUGUUCUCUUGUUUCUUUUGAUGCAAUUAACCAACAUUUAUUGAGUGCCUAUGAUGAAAGGGAAAGAAAUUCUGCCCUUGUGAAGCUUACAAUCAAAUGGAAUAAUAGGCAUUGACCAAAUGACACAAGCAAAUGUGAAAUUGCAACUGAUCAGUGGUGGGAAUGAGGCAAAAGGUAGUAGAUUUGACUUGGUCUGUAAAAACGGGAAAGGGUUUAGAGAUGAACGCUCGAAGUGAAUUCUGGAGGAGGAGUAACAUUUAAGAAUGUAAAUAGAAGUAGGGUGGGGUGGGGUGGAGCUGAGUGAUACCACUUCAGGCCAAAGUAACUAGGUUGGGAAGGACAGAAAUUCUUUGACUGGAGCUUGGGGCAGAGGAGAGUAUUGUGAGAAGAGGCUGGUGGGUUAUAUGAAAGACAUUUGCUUAUCUUCAUAUCUUUACGCUAAGAACAAUAAAUCUUCGAAUGGAUGUGAAGGUCUGAUAGCAUCCCUCCAGCAAUAGUAUAGGAAACUUAUGUGGAAGAGGUCAAGAGUGAAGGAAUGGGGGAAAAUCUUCCAGACGACACCCAGAGAGGAAUCCACACCGCCAGCGGAGUUCGCUGACUGUCUUGGUGCCUUGGAUUGGAAUUCCAAAAAGAAAUCAGGGGAAGAACAUAUGACUGGCAAGUCGAAACCUCAGUCGGUAGAACCCGAAGAGGAACAGCAGGCUUCUGGUGAACCAAAUGCACAACAAGCCUCCAUGAGGGGGACCAAACGAAAAAGAUCUGUGAAGGAUGACAAAGCUUGCUGUCCUCAAAAGAUGGAACAAGACAAAGAGGAUGUAAGACUUCGGAAGAGGACACCAAUUCCUCCAUUACCCUCUAAACUGCCACCAGCCAACAUGCUUCACCGAGACACCUUGAGAGCCUGGUGCCAACAACUGAAACUGAGCACCAAAGGCCAGAAAUUAGAUGCAUAUAAGCGACUCUGUGAAUAUGCUUAUCCCAAUCAACAGAACAUUCCUGUCACAGCAAAGGAGGCCAAGAUCCUGCCAGGAGCACAGAGAAAAUUGAUGAUGGACAAGGGAGAAUCGUUUCUGGAAAGUUGUGGUAAAAAGAUUUCUUCUGCUGGGACUGGUCUUCCUGAAGGGGCUGCUCCCCAUGAGGAGGGGGCACACACCCUCCAAGGGUCUACUGCUCUCUUUGAGGGAGCUGAGACUGUUGUGGUGACAACUUCCUCCCCGGAUGCUGUGUUUGCGUCCUGGAGCAGAAUUGCAGCCGGGGCAGGGAAGAUGGACGCAGUGGAAUCGAGACAAGAGGCCUAUGGUGUCAAGUGGUGCGUGGUCCACGGGAAGAGUCUCCCUGCAGACGCGGAGGGUUGGGUGCGCCUGCAGUUUCAUGCUGGACAAGCCUGGGUUCCUGAAAAGCCGGGGAGAGUGUGUGCCCUCUUCCUGCUACCUGACAGCAGUUUUCCACCCCCGUACCUGGAGGACAAUAUGUUGUGCCCCAAAUGUGUUCAUAGGAAUAAGGUGUUAAUGAAAAGCCUCCAAUGAGAUUACAAUACCAGGACAAAGGGUACAGCCAUUAAUGUUAGAAGGGCGACUACAAUCAACAUGGUGCCACCGACAGCUGAACUCUGGGCUGCUCCACACCCUCCACGCCUCCUGCUUUCAGGUGCACAGGCCAGUGAGCUGCAGAUGUUACCCUCAGACCCCCAGCAAUGCCUGUGGCUUCAUGGGUUGGGAUACAGAGGCUCUUGACCUUUUAAAAAGGAAAAGCAUUUCACAGAUGACCAUUCAUUCCAGUUACAGUGGGAGCCUGAGCAGAGCAUUGUGAAGGGGUUGAAUGAAGAAAGAGCAGUGUGCUUCGUGCUGGAUCUCCCCCCUCAGAAUUCUGACUCCUUGAGGGGCUGCUGCCUCCUAAUUCUAAGUUUAAUGACUUCAAACUGCUGCAUAUUGUAAGCCAAAGGGAAAGCUUUUAUUCUGUCCCUACUCCCAAAAACACAUUCUUACUAUACAAAACAAGCUUUAUCCAAGGUUUCUUAAUAACCUGAAACUUUUGGUGUGUCUGGGAUAAAAACAUAGGACACUUUGCCCGUAUUAUUUUCACUUAUAACUGUUUUCUAUAUUGCUGCCACUUAUAAAUGUUUAAAGUUACUUCCAGGGCCGGCCCCGUGGCUUAGCGGUUAAGUGCGCACGCUCCGCUGCUGGCGGCCCAGGUUCGGAUCCCAGGCGCACACCGACGCACCGCUUCUGGCCAUGCUGAGGCCGCGUCCCACAUACAGCAACUAGAAGGAUGUGCAAUUAUGACAUACAACUAUCUACUGGGGCUUUGGGGAAAAAAAGAAAAAGCAGGAGGAUUGGCAAUAGAUGUUAGCUCAGGCCUGAUCUUCCUCACAAAAAAAUAAAUAAAUAAAUAAAUAAAGUUACUUCCAAAUCAUAAAUAUAUAAUAUAUUGAAUUUUAAAUGUGUAUAUAAAAUAAUUCAUCUCUUGUAUUUAGGAGACCAUAUUAAUUGCAUGUAAAUUAUUAAUGUUCUUAGCUCAGUAGGAUUAAGCCAAGAAGUAUGAUUUUCUUUUGCAUGAUUUUUUUAAGCCAUUUUAUUGAGGUAUGAUUGACAUACAAAAAGCUGUACAUAUUUAAUGUAUGCAACUUGAUGAGUUUGAUUCAUUUUUAACUUUUUGUGUACUUCCUAAAUUUAUGGUCCUGCAAGUCUUAGAAAAGACCUGAUGUUUUUCACUUGUUUUAUGUUUUCCUGGCAGUUUCGAACAUUGUUUUAUUAUUAUAGACUUUUGGAUUAUGGGGAUUUUUUUCCCCCUACAAAAUGGACUGGAAGGAGCAGUGGAGUUGGAAACUCUGUAGCCAUCAUGAUAUAGACUGAUUUAGAGGCAUGAAUCCUCAAUAAAUGUUAAAAAAUGGAGGGGAAAGUUUGUUGAUCAAGAUAUUUUCAUGGCCCUGCAAUGACUCCUCAUCGAUUACUCAUUAGUAGUCAGAAUUUUUCAGUGUAAUAAAUAAUACACACAUUUUAUUCCUUAUA